CUCUCGCUCUCGGGGCCCCCCUCGCUCCCCCGGCCGCAGUCCGUGCGCGCGGGCGCCGGCGAGCCGUCUCGGAAGCAGCAUGCAGGCGCGCUACUCCGUGUCCGACCCCAACGCCCUGGGAGUGGUGCCCUACCUGAGCGAGCAGAACUACUACCGGGCUGCGGGCAGCUACGGCGGCAUGGCCAGCCCCAUGGGCGUCUACUCGGGCCACCCGGAGCAGUACAGCGCGGGGAUGGGCCGCUCCUACGCACCCUACCACCACCACCAGCCCGCGGCGCCUAAGGACCUGGUGAAGCCGCCGUACAGCUACAUCGCGCUCAUCACCAUGGCCAUCCAGAACGCGCCCGAGAAGAAGAUCACCCUGAACGGCAUCUACCAGUUCAUCAUGGACCGCUUCCCCUUCUACCGGGAGAACAAGCAGGGCUGGCAGAACAGCAUCCGCCACAACCUCUCGCUCAACGAGUGCUUCGUCAAGGUGCCCCGCGACGACAAGAAGCCCGGCAAGGGCAGCUACUGGACCCUGGACCCGGACUCCUACAACAUGUUCGAGAACGGCAGCUUCCUGCGGCGCCGGCGGCGCUUCAAAAAGAAGGACGUGUCCAAGGAGAAGGAGGAGCGGGCCCACCUCAAGGAGCCGCCCCCGGCGGCGUCCAAGGGCGCCCCGGCCGCCCCCCACCUAGCGGACGCUCCCAAGGAAGCCGAGAAGAAGGUGGUGAUCAAGAGCGAGGCGGCGUCUCCGGCGCUGCCGGUCAUCACCAAGGUGGAGACGCUGAGCCCCGAGAGCGCGCUGCAGGGCAGCCCGCGCAGCGCGGCCUCCACGCCCGCCGGUUCCCCCGACGGCUCGCUGCCCGAGCACCACGCCGCGGCGCCCAACGGGCUGCCUGGCUUCAGCGUGGAGAACAUCAUGACCCUGCGAACGUCGCCGCCGGGUGGAGAGCUGAGCCCGGGGGCCGGACGCGCGGGCCUGGUGGUGCCGCCGCUGGCGCUGCCCUACGCCGCCGCGCCGCCCGCCGCCUACGGCCAGCCGUGCGCUCAGGGCCUGGAGGCCGGGGCCGCCGGGGGUUACCAGUGCAGCAUGCGAGCCAUGAGCCUGUACACCGGGGCCGAGCGGCCGGCGCACAUGUGUGUCCCGCCCGCCCUGGACGAGGCCCUCUCGGACCACCCGAGCGGCCCCACGUCGCCCCUGAGCGCUCUCAACCUCGCCGCCGGCCAGGAGGGCGCGCUCGCCGCCGCGGGCCACCACCACCAGCACCACGGCCACCACCACCCGCAGGCGCCGCCGCCCCCGCCGGCUCCCCAGCCCCAGCCGACGCCGCAGCCCGGGGCCGCCGCGGCCCAGGCGGCCUCCUGGUAUCUCAACCACAGCGGGGAGCUGAACCACCUCCCCGGCCACACGUUCGCGGCCCAGCAGCAAACUUUCCCCAACGUGAGGGAGAUGUUCAACUCCCACCGGCUAGGGAUUGAGAACUCGACCCUCGGGGAGUCCCAGGUGAGUGGCAAUGCCAGCUGUCAGCUACCCUACAGAUCCACGCCGUCUCUCUACCGCCACGCAGCCCCCUACUCCUAUGACUGCACGAAAUACUGACCUGUCCCGGAACCUCCCCUCCCCGGCCCGCUCCGGCUUCGCUUCUCAGCCCCGACCCAACCAGACAAUUAAGGGGUUGCAGACACGCAAAA